AAGAUGGGGAAGAAGAGCCGAGUGAAAACUCAGAAGUCGGGUACAGGAGCCACAGCAACAGUAUCUCCAAAGGAAAUGUUGAAUUUAAUUAGUGACUUAUUGCAAAAAUGCAGCAGUCCUACCCCAGGUCCUGGUAAGGAAUGGGAAGAAUAUAUACAGAUUCGUUCACUUGUUGAGAAAAUUCGCAAAAAGCAAAAAGGUUUGUCUAUUGUCUUUGAUGGAAAAAGAGAUGACUAUUUCCCUGAACUGAUAAAGUGGGCAACUGAAAAUGGAGCAUCCACAGAGGGUUUUGAAAUAGCUAACUUUGAAGAGGAGGGGUUUGGUUUGAAAGCAACAAGAGAGAUAAAGGCUGAAGAGUUGUUUUUGUGGGUUCCUCGAAAACUGUUGAUGACAGUUGAGUCAGCUAAAAAUUCAGUAUUAGGAUCCCUGUAUUCUCAAGAUCGAAUUCUUCAGGCCAUGGGCAAUAUAACAUUGGCAUUUCAUCUUCUUUGUGAGCGAGCCAACCCCAACUCUUUCUGGCUGCCCUACAUCCAGACGCUCCCCAGUGAAUAUGACACUCCUCUCUAUUUUGAAGAAGAUGAAGUGCAGUAUCUUCAGUCAACUCAGGCCAUACAUGAUGUCUUUAGCCAAUAUAAAAAUACAGCUCGACAGUAUGCCUAUUUCUACAAAGUUAUUCAGGUAAGCAUCUUAAAUGUAAGCCUGUUUGUAGUUUACUACAGAGGAGUUUUU